UCCCUCAAGCGGCUCCUGCACAUCCACCCGACAAAUAAUACGGAUUUGAUAUCUACGAUGCGUUUAAAAUAGCACGCAAAGCGCGUUCUUCACAACCGACUGCGUUCCGUGUAACAGAAGCGCUUAUUUUAUUUUGCAGGAGUAAAUUCCCUUCAUGUGAGACUGAGAGAUGUUGGUUAGCUUAGCCUAGCGCGCUAAUCCUUUAUCAAACUGUCACAAUCUGUCGGGAAUUGAUUUCAAUACGCCGUGAAAGAUGCCGCCCAGGACAGACGACCCUCGUAAACUCUUCAUCCUGACCACGGCGGGAAACUACUUCCGUCUGGACACACCGGCGUCUCUGUCCACCUGCCGUCCUCUCGAUAACUUCUUAGAUGAUAGCAACGAAUUCCUGCUCACCGUCACCAGAAACGCAGAUGAGCUGCAGUUCUCAAACAAGCUGGAGAACAUGGACGUCGACGGCAGGGUUCUGCUGUUCUUCAAACCUCAUCCGUGUGUGGUGAGCGAGGAGAACCUGCACCGAUCCAUCCUGGUGUCCUCUAUGCUGGAGUCUCCCAUCAGCACCCUGUACCAGGCCUUGAGACAGGUCUACGGCCCCGUUCUGCUGCAGAAUGAUAAAUGGAGUCAAUCGUUCGACUCAAAGCUUCAGUCUCUGCUCACGGAUCUUGAGGUCGGGCUGGGCUCUGUGCUCAGACACUCACACCCAAAGGAUUCUGGGGAACGGAGUCAUUCGGAGACGGAUGUGUCGAGUAUCAUGACCCCACUGGAUGAGUUCGGCUUCUGGGCUGAUGUCAGUCGCUCCGGACAGCAUAGCAGAGAGAGAGACAGAGCGGCACACUUCUCUGAACUCUUCACCACCAUUGAGAAGGACUACAGUAAUCUGGACAGUUUCAGUCUGGUGGAGGUACUGGACCUGAUUGAGAGCACCCGUGAGACAGUAGAUGACGUGUGGAAACAGAAUGAGCACGCCCUCUACCCCGAGACACGCAUGAUCCGACUCAUGGAUGUCAUAGGCGGAACUCUUGGCAGGUUUGUACAGAGGAAGCUGAGCACCCUGCGCUUGUGGGAUGAUCCAUAUUUCACAGUUAGGGAGGGGCUUAAAGGGGGCGUGGCUGCCUGUGAACAGUGGGUGGCGGCCUGUGAACACCUGACUGGUCAGGUGUGGAAACGCUACUCACCUCAUCCGUGGAGCGGAGAGAAGCACCGCCCACAGGGGCUGCAGAGCCUCUCCCAGCGAUUGGAGGAGGUGGUGCAGGUGCGAUCAGUGUGUGAGAAACUGCAGCGUUUGUUAUCCGGAGGGAAGCUGCAGGUUUCACCCGCACGUGUGUAUCAGCCUUUCACAGGGCUCAACCCGAUACACUACAACCCUUAUACUGAGCCCUUAUGGAGAGCUGCUGUGUCUCAGUUUGAUCGACUCAUCGCUCCAGCAGAACAGGAAGCAGCUGGAAAGCUCAAGACCUUCAUAAUAGAUGCACAGGACAGUCCACAGCAGCUGCUGCAGGUGUUUCAGAAACACCGAGAACUGAUCAAACGACCCACAAUCAGCAAAGAACUGCAGCCCGAGAGAGAAACGCUCCUGACACGACUGCUGGACUACAACAAGGGGCUGCGGGUGGAUUUCGAGAACCGCUGUCACGGUGCUCCAGGAGAGAAAACCGGCCCUCUAGCAGGUCGAAACCUUCCAGAGGUCAUCAACAAUAUUGUGUGGGUCAGACAGCUGCUGCUUAAGGUGGAGGACUCUCUGAAGAUGGCCGACGCGUUGCUCUCCGAUCUGUCUGGGUUUCGGCCGCUGCUCCGUUUCUGUGAUGAGCUGCAGGAGCAGAUGAGAUCGUACGAGCAAGAGCAGUUUGAAGACUGGAGCAGAGACCUGCUGUCAGGACUGUUUGAUCCCAAAUCUGGAAUCAGUUUGCAGGCCAGUAAUCGCGUCAUGGAGUUGGAUCACAUGGAUGGUAAACUGAAGAUCCAGUACUCGGACCGGCUGGUGAGUUUACUCCGAGAGGUGCGGCAGCUCUCCGCUCUGGGCUUCACCAUCCCUGCUAAGAUCCAGCAGGCGGCAAACACCGCCGACAAGUUCUACAGACAGGCCAUCAUCCUCAAACAGGUGGCUCAUUUCUACAACACCAUCGAUCAGCAGAUGAUCCCUUCUCAACGACCCAUGAUGCUCGGCUGUGCGCUGGCCUUUGAACAGGUCAUCAAGAAUCCACGGUCUCAAUCUCGUGACGAAGGCGGAAAACUCCAGAUCACGUGGGAGAAUCCUAAAGAGCUGGAGCAGUACAUCAGUAAACUGCAGAGUGCCGCAGAGAGACUCUCCACGGAGAACCGCAAACUCAGAAAGUGGCACACCGACUUCACUGACAAGGUAGUGAGUCUGAUGGGAGUGGAUCUCCUGCGUCAGCAGCAGAGGUGGAAAGAUGCUCUUCAGGAUCUCAGGACUGGAUUCGCCACACUAGAGUCUCAGGGGUUUCGUGCAGGAGACAUGAGGGCCUGGCGUCAGCACUGGAACCAUCAGCUGUAUAAAGCUCUGGAGCAUCAGUAUCAGGUGGGACUGGAGGCCCUCAACAAGAACCUGCCGGAGAUUAACAUCGACCUCAUCUUCAAGCAGGGGCGGCUGCAGUUCCGUCCUGCGUUCGAGGAGGUCAGAGCAAAGUACUACCGCGAGAUGAAAAGGUUCAUCUGUAUCCCGAACCAGUUUAAGGGCGUGAGCGAGACGGGAGAGGAGCCCAUAUUCACCUGCAUGAUCGAACGCAACGCCAGCGGCUUCCUGACCAUCUUCAGCAAAGCCGAACACCUCUUCAGUCGACUCACACGCAUGCUGGACAAGUUUAAGGACUGGGUGGUUCUGGGGCAGGUGGAUGUGGAUGUUCUGGUGGAGAAACACCUUCACAGCGUCCAGGACUGGGAGAGGAACUUCAGAGCUCUCAAAGCCAAAGGAAAAGAGGCAGAGCGGCUGCCCAGCACAGAGAAGGUCGACUGCAUCACGGUGAACUGUGAACCUGUCAGAGUGGCCGUGGACGAUCUCAUCCAGAGGCUGUUUGAUGCUCUGCUGACGUCCCUCAGGAGAUCCAUCCAGGGUCACAUUCAGGUGAUCGACUCUUUCAUAAGCAGUGCGAUGGAGACGUUGUCCUUGCGUCCUGAGAGCAUCGAUGAGAUCGGAGAGGCCAAUGCCAAACACGGCCAAUUACAGACCCAGAAACCCGAGAUACUGCCUCAGUUCCAGCAGGCGGAGGAGAAGAACAGGCUGCUGCGCUCUGUGGCGGGCGGAGGACUGGUCACCAUCAGCUCCCUGAGAGCCAGAUGGGACAAAUUUGAGCUCAUGAUGGAGACUCAUCAGCUCAUGAUUAAAGAACAGGUGGAGGUGAUGAAGGGGAACGUUGAGUCUCGGGUGCAGGUUUACCUGCAGGACCUGCAGAAGUUCAGAGCUCGCUGGGACCAGCUCAAACCCGGGCAUGACAUCAUCGAGUCAGGUGACCACGAGACUCUGCAGCGCUGCGUUCAGAACAUCCGCGACAGACGAGCCGAGUUCGGAGAGCUGGAGAACACGCGCAAAAAACUCAUGGAGGACUGCGAACACUUUAACCUGAGCACUCCUGACGUGUCUCUGGCGACCGACACGCUGCGGGAUCUGCAGGAGUGUUCAGAGAUGUGGGAGCUUUACGAGGAGUUUCAGCAGGGACUGGAUGAACACGCAGAGCAGGACUGGAUUUCCUUCAGGAGUAAGACUCACAUGUUCGAGGAGUUUCUGUUCGCGUGGCACGACCGUCUGAGGAAGCUGGAGGAGCACAGCAGCAUGUCUGUCAAACUGCAGAAGGAAGUGGACAGAUACAAGGCUGUGGUUCCAGUGUUGAAGUACGUGCGAGGUGAGCAGCUCUCUCAGGAACACUGGCUGGAUCUGUUCCGGCUCAUCUCUCUGCCCAGAGGAACCACACUAGAGAGACUGCAGUUCAGAGACCUGCUGCGAGUGGCCGACAACAUCAUAGACAAAGCCCUGGAGCUCAAGGAUCUGAACAGUCGCGCUCAGGCCGAGGUCACCAUCCGUGAGGCCCUGCGGGAGCUGGAGCUGUGGGGCGCCGGCGCGUGCUUCACCCUGACGGACUACACAGACAGUCAGGGCGGCUCUCUGCGCGUCAUCAAGGACUGGAGGGACAUGGUCAACCAGGUGGGAGACAACCGCUGCCUGCUGCAGUCGCUCAAAGACUCACCCUAUUACCUGCGCUUCCAGGACAAAGUGUCACUGUGGGAAACACGGCUGGCCGACCUUGACGAGUACCUCCAGAACCUCAACACCAUCCAGAGGAAGUGGGUCUACCUCGAGCCCAUAUUUGGGCGUGGGGCGUUGCCGAGGGAACAGGCCCGCUUUCAGAGAGUGGACCAGGAUUUCAGGGCCAUCAUGUCAGACGUUCAGAGGGACAGCAGGGUCACGUCUCUCAGCACUCGAGCUGGAAUCAGGAACUCCCUCGUCACCAUCCUGGACCAGUUACAGCGCUGCCAGAAAUCCCUCAAUGAAUUCCUGGAGGUAAAGCGUUCUUCAUUCCCUCGGUUUUACUUCACUGGAGACGACGAUCUACUGGAGAUUCUCGGACAGGCCACAAACCCUACUGUCAUACACACACACCUGAAGAAACUCUUUGCAGGUAUCAGCAGUGUGGAGUUUGAUCCGAGUUUUCAGAGCAUCACAGCCAUGAAAUCACUGGAGGGCGAGACCGUGCCGCUCCAGAACACCGUCAGCAUCUCCAACGACGUGGAGGUUUGGCUGAGCGCUCUCUCCACGGAGAUGAAAAACACCCUGAAACAUCUCCUGUGUGACUGUGUGAAUGCUGGAAAGAGAGGAAACGUGGAUCCCACGCGCUUUCCUUCUCAGAUUCUGUGCCUGGCAGAGCAGAUUCAGUUCACAGCGGAUGUGGAGAACGCCAUCCGACAGCAGAACCUCCAUCAGCUGGAACUGGAGCUCACCGCCAAACUGGAGAGCUACACCAGCGUAGACACCAACAUGGACGACACUGCAGAAUCGAGAGUUCUGCAGUUGAAACUGAAGGCUCUGAUUCUGGCCGUGAUCCACAACAUCUCAGUGGUUCAGAGUCUGAGAGAAGCUCAGAUUCACAGCACCGAUGACUGGAUCUGGAAGAAACAGCUGCGAUUCUAUCUGACCGCAGACCAGCGCUGCUCCAUACAGAUGGUGGACGCAGAGUUCAGCUACACAUAUGAGUAUCAGGGUAAUGCUCCUAAACUGGUUCACACGCCCCUGACGGAUAAGUGCUAUCUGACACUGACACAGGCCAUGAAAAUGGGUUUGGGCGGGAAUCCCUACGGCCCCGCGGGAACCGGCAAGACCGAGUCCGUUAAAGCCCUGGGAGGACUGUUCGGAAGACAAGUGCUGGUCUUCAACUGUGAUGAGGGUAUAGAUGUGAAGUCCAUGGGCCGGAUCUUCGUGGGGCUGGUGAAGUGUGGAGCGUGGGGUUGUUUUGAUGAGUUCAAUCGUCUGGAAGAGGCUGUGCUCUCCGCCGUCUCCAUGCAGAUACAAGCCAUCCAGAACUCACUGAAGAACCACCGGACCACCUGCCAGCUGCUCAGUAAAGAGGUGGAGUUGGACCCAAAUUCGGGCGUCUUUAUUACUCUGAACCCAGCGGGUAAAGGAUACGGAGGACGGCAGAAGCUGCCGGAUAAUCUGAAGCAGCUCUUCCGACCGGUUGCCAUGACGAGUCCUGAUAACGAGCUCAUCGCUGAGGUCAUCCUGUAUUCAGAAGGGUUUAAAGAAGGAAAGGCACUUGGACGUAAAUUGGUCGCUAUAUUCAAUCUGGCCAGAGAACUGUUGACGCCGCAGCAGCACUACGACUGGGGUUUGCGUGCUCUAAAGACGGUGCUGAGAGGCUGUGGGAGUUUGCUGCAGUUACAGAGACAAAACAACAACCCCUUGAAGGAGAGCGGGUUGGUGGUUCAGGCCUUGAGGUUGAACACCAUGUCAAAGUUGACGUUUGCCGACAGCUCUCGGUUUGACGCCCUGGUCAGAGACGUGUUUCCUGGAGUCGACUUUAAGGACGUGGAGUAUGAGAUGCUCAAAUCCGCCCUGCUGGCUGUUUAUGAAGAGGCACGGCUGGAGAUCAUACCCAGUCAGAUGAAGAAGGCUCUGGAGCUGUACGAGCAGCUGCGGCAGCGGAUGGGUGUGGUGGUGGUCGGGCCCAGCGGGGCGGGGAAGUCCACUCUGUGGAGGAUGCUGCGGGCGGCGCUGGGCAGGAUGGGCCGUGUGGUCAAACAGUACACCAUGAACCCGAAAGCCAUGCCACGUCAGCAGCUCCUGGGCCACAUCGACAUGGACACACGAGAGUGGUCCGACGGGGUGCUGACGUCCUCCGCACGACAGGUGGUGCGAGAGCCACAAGAGGUGAGCUCAUGGAUUAUAUGCGAUGGAGACAUUGAUCCGGAGUGGAUCGAGUCAUUAAACUCUGUGCUGGAUGAUAAUCGUUUACUCACGAUGCCUAGCGGUGAGAGGAUUCAGUUCGGCCCCAACGUCAACUUCCUGUUUGAGACCCACGAUCUGAGCUGCGCCUCACCAGCCACCAUCUCCCGCAUGGGCAUGAUCCUCCUCAGCGAUGAAGACACUGACGUGGGCUCUCUCGUGAAGUCGUGGCUGAAGAGGGAGGAUGAAGACAACAGGAUGAAUCUGGAGAACUGGCUCAAUGAUUAUUUCCACAGAGCUCUGGACUGGGCUCUCAAACAGAGUGAUUUUGUGGUGGACACCAGUCUGGUCGGGACGGUGCUGAACGGUUUGUCCCAUCUGAGAGGGGUCAGAGAGCGAGGACAGUUUGUUGUGGGACUCAUCCGCGGUUUGGGAGGAAACCUCAUGCUCAAAUGCCGCCAGGAGUUCGCCAAGGAGGUUCUGAGUUGGGCCAGAGAAAGUCCUCCUGACCCCCGCAAGCCCCUGGACACGUACUACGACCCCACGUCCGGCCGUCUGUGUGCGUAUGAGCUGCAGCGAGGGGACGGUGUGUGUGAGGACGACCUCAGUAACCCACACAAUCUCCCCGUCAUACACACACCUGACACACAGCGCGGACUCGACCUCUUCACCCCGUGGCUCUCGUCCAAUCACAGGCAGCCGUUCCUGCUGGUGGGGCCGGAGGGGUGCGGGAAAGGGAUGCUCCUGCGCUGCUCGUUCUCUCAGCUGCGCUCCACACAGGUGGCUGUGGUGCACUGCAGCGCUGAGACCUCCUCCCGUCACAUCCUGCAGAAACUCUCGCACACCUGUCUGGUCAUCAGCUCCAACACGGGACGCGUGUACCGACCCAAAGACUGCGAGAGGCUGGUGCUGUACCUCAAAGACAUCAACCUGCCCAAACCCGACAAGUGGGGCACCAGCAACCUCAUCGCCUUCCUGCAGCAGGUCUUGACAUAUCAGGGCUUCUAUGAUGAGAACCUGGAGUGGGUCGGACUGGAGAACAUUCAGAUUGUGGCGUCCAUGUCAGCAGGCGGCGCUGUGGGCCGGCACACACUCACGUCACGCUUCACCUCGAUCGUGCGGAUUUGCACCAUUGAUUAUCCAGACAGAGAGCAGCUGCAGACCAUCUACAGCGCAUACCUGAAACCUGUGCUGCAAAGGACUCUGGGUAAUGAUCCAACCUGGAGCUCUGCAGGGAAGAUCCACCAGCUUGCCGGCUCAUUGGUGCAGGUGUACGAACAGGUGAAGGCUAAAUUCUCCGUUGAUGAUCACAGUCAUUAUCUCUUCACCCCAUGUUUGCUCACACAGUGGGUCCUGAAUCUGCUGCGAUACGACCUGAGCGCAGGUAAAUCCGCUGUAGAUUCAGUCCUUGAGGUGGUGGCGUAUGAAGCCCGGCGUCUGUUCAGGGACCGUAUCGUGUCCUCUAAAGAUCUGAAUGUGUUUGAAAACAUCCUGUCCUCCGUCAUCAGAGGCGACUGGGGCUCGGAUGCACUCGACAACAUGACAGAUAUGUACUUUGUCACGUGGGCCGCGCCUCAUGAGGGCCGUUCUCCUGGUCAGCCGCUCCCACCUCACGGCAAACCGCUCGGACGUCUCAACGCCAAUGACCUCAGUGAGAUUAUACACAAGGGAAUAGUUCUGUACGGCCGUGAUAACCGUGAGCUGGACAUCCUGUUGUUUCCGGAGGUUCUGGACUACAUGUGUCGAGUGGAUCGUGUCCUGAGCUCUCCUGGCGGGUCGCUGCUGCUGGCAGGUCGUAGCGGCGUCGGCCGGCGUACAGCUACAUGCGUGGUCAGCCACAUGCACGGGGCGUCUCUCUUCACCCCCAAAAUCUCCCGCUCGUACUCACUGAAGCACUUCAAAUCUGACCUGAAGACUGUCAUGCAGUCGGCCGCUGUGGAUGGACAGCAGGUUGUUCUGUUGCUGGAAGAUCAUCAGUUUGUUCAUCCUUCCUUCCUGGAAAUGGUCAACAGUCUGUUGUCCUCAGGUGAAGUUCCGGGUUUGUACUCCACUGAAGAGUUGGAGCCUCUUCUGUCAUCUCUGAAAGAUCAGGCAUCACAGGAUGGAUUCACCGGGCCAGUUCUUAACUAUUUCUCCCACCGCGUUCAGCAGAACCUCCAUGUGGUUUUGAUCCUGGACUGCACUAACGAGCACUUCACCAUUAACUGUGAGAGUAACCCCGCCCUCUACAGGAAGUGCUCAGUCCAGUGGAUGGAGGGCUGGUCUGACAGCAGCAUGAAGAAGAUCCCAGAGAUGCUGCUGUCAAGGAUGGAAGGAGAAGACGAGAAAGAUGGAGGCAAACAGAAGAAGGAGAAGAAAUCUGGAUCUGUGCACGCAGAGCUCUAUCGCUCCUUCCUGGCGAUUCACGAGUCAUGUCGGGAAUUCAGCGCCACACCUAGUCAAUACCUGAGCUUCCUGCAGGUGUACCAGACCAUCUACAGCUCCAAACGGAAAGAGCUGACCCAUAAACAGCAGCACCUACAGGCGGGCGUGGCCAAGCUGAAUGAAGCGAAGGCAUUGGUGGAUGAGCUAAAGAGGCGGGCGGCCGAGCAGAGCAGCUUACUGAAGACCAAACAGGCCGAGGCGGACGCCGCCCUGCAGGAAAUCACCACAUCGAUGCAGAACGCCAGCGACCAGAAGACAGAGAUGGAGAAGAUCAAAGAGAGAAUGGCACACGAGGUCUCCAAGAUUGAAGAGAGGAAGAAGAAAAUAGACGAGGAGCUCCGAGAGGUUCAGCCCCUGGUGGACGAGGCAAAGCAGGCGGUGGGGAACAUUAAACCGGAGUCCCUGUCUGAGAUCCGCUCGCUGCGCAUGCCGCCUGACGUCAUCAGAGACAUCCUGGAGGGGGUGCUGAGGCUCAUGGGAAUAUUUGACACGUCCUGGGUCAGCAUGAAGAGUUUCUUAGCCAAGCGAGGAGUGAGGGAAGACAUCGCCACGUUUGACGUGCGCAGUAUCACUCACGAAAUACGACAGAGCGUCGAGGAGCUGCUGCAGAGAAACAAGGCAUCGUUUGACCCCAAGAACGCCAAGCGCGCGAGUGCAGCCGCCGCUCCUCUGGCCGCGUGGGUGAAGGCCAACGUCCAGUACUCUCACGUUCUGGAGAAGAUCCAGCCGCUGGAGACGGAGCACGCCCGACUGAUGGAAAACCUGCGGAAGACGGAGAACCGUAAGAACAGGCUGGAAAAAGAGCUGAACUCUGUAGGAGAGAAAGUUCUGGAGCUGAAGGAGAAAUUGGCAGAGUUCGAUCUGCGUCACUUCCUGUGUUCUGAGAGUGAGCAGCUGAUCUGGAAGAGCGAAGGCUUGCCGUCUGACGACCUGUCGAUGGAGAACGCUCUGGUCAUCCUGCAGAUUAAUGAAAUCAGGUCACGGAGUGCUUCUUGUCCAUUCUUGAUCGAUCCGUCCUCUCGUGCGACAGAGUGGUUGCGAACUCAUCUGAAAGCGCAUCGUCUGGAGGUCAUAAACCAACAGGAUGCUAACUUCAUGACGGUGUUGGAGUUAGCCGUGCGCUUCGGUAAGACUUUGAUCAUUCAGGAGAUGGACGGCGUUGAACCCGUGCUGUACCCGCUGCUGCGGCGAGAUCUUAUCGCACAGGGGCCGCGAUACGUGGUGCAGAUCGGAGACAAAGUCAUCGACUAUAACGAGGAUUUCCGUCUGUUUCUGGCAACCCGUAACCCCAGUCCCUUCAUCCCUCCUGACGCCAAGUCUGUCAUCACAGAGGUGAACUUCACCACCACUAGAGCAGGACUGCGAGGACAGCUGCUAGCAUUGACCAUCCAGCAGGAGAAACCAGAGCUGGAGAGCGAAAAAACCAAGCUCCUGCAACAGGAAGAGGAGAAGAAGAUUCAGCUCGCUCAGUUGGAGGAGUCGCUGCUGGAGACUUUAGCGACCGCUCAAGGGAAUAUCCUGGAGAAUAAGGAGCUGAUUGAGUCUCUGAACCAGACUAAAGCCAGCAGCGCUCUGAUCCAGCAAUCACUGACUGAAUCGCACCGCCUGCAGAUGUCACUCGACCAGGAAAGAGAUGCGUACCUGCCUCUAGCCGAGACGGCCAGCAAGAUGUACUUUGUGAUCACGGAUCUGUCCAAGAUUAAUAACAUGUACAGAUUCAGUCUGGCCUCGUUCCUGCGACUCUUCCACAGAGCGCUGCAGACCGAACAGGAAAGCGAGAGCACCGAUGUAAGGAUCUCCACGCUGGAGAGCCGUCUGAAGAACAUGGUGUACGAGUAUAUCUGCCGCUCACUUUUCAAGGCGGAUCAGUUGAUGUUUGCGCUGCACUUUGUGAAGGGAAUGAACCCAGAACUCUUCCAGGAGAACGAAUGGGACGUGUUCACUGGCCUGAUCGUUGGAGACAUGGUUCGCAAGACAGACUCCCAGAAGUCUCUGCGAGAACAGUUUCCAUCUUGGAUUGAUCAGGAGAGGCUGAUAGCCGUGGCUCUGCUCAAGAGCACAUUUCCAGUGCUGUAUCAGUCUCUCUGUCUGAACGACUCAGACCUAUGGCUCACGUUCUCACACAGUUCCUGCUGCGAACAGGAAAUCCCGCCCCCCAUUGCCAAGAAGAUCUCCCUCUUUCAGCAGGUUUUGGUGGUUCAGGCUUUACGGCCGGAUCGCUUACAGAGUGCGAUGGCAGCGUUUGCAUCUCAAGCUUUGGGGAUGAGGGAACUGUCUCCUCCUCCGCUGAAUCUGAAGCGUCUGUAUCUGGCGAUGGGUCAAGGUCAGGCUGACUUGGCUCUACAGACGCUCAGAGAGUGCGUUCGCUCCGGUGAAUGGCUGUGCUUGAAAAACCUGCACCUGGUCACGGCGUGGCUCCCCCUGCUGGAGAAGGAGCUCAACAGUAUGAAGCCCAAAGCCGGCUUCAGAGUCUGGUUGACUGCUGAGGUUCAUGCAAAGUUCACUCCCAUACUGCUCCAGUCCAGCCUGAAGGUCACCUAUGAGGCUCCUCCAGGCCUCAAGAAGAACCUGAAGCGGACGUAUGAGUUUUGGAGUGCGGAGCAGAUCAGUAAAGGUGGUCACCUGACUCGAGCUCAGUCGCUCUUAUGUCUGGCCUGGUUCCACGCCGUCUGUCAGGAGAGACGCAACUACAUUCCACAGGGUUGGACGAAGUUCUACGAGUUCUCUCUGUCAGACCUGAGAGCCGGCUUUGAGAUCAUUGACCGUCUGUUUGAAGGUGGGAAGGCGUUUCAGUGGGAAUUCGUGCAUGGUCUCUUGGAAAACGCCAUCUACGGCGGCCGCAUCGAUAACGUGUGCGACCUGCGAGUCCUUCGCUCGUACCUACAGCAGUUCUUUAACGCUCAGCUCCUCUCGCAGUCACACACACACUCACGUGUCAAGAAAACUCACGCUUUCCCGGCUCAGAUACACCUGCCCAACUCCUGCAGCAUAGUGAGUCACCUGCACCUUCCUUGCAGUUUGCCCCAAUCACAGAGAGAUGGAGGAUAGUGUACGGUGAGAUGUACUGCGCUCACCUCAGCUGUGUGUGUGUGUGUGCAGGUGAUCUCUCAGUUGAGGAUUCUGAGCAGGUCUGUAGCAGCUGGCUCCAAAUUCGACAGAGAGAUCUGGUCUAAUGCACUCUCACCUGUGCUCAACCUGUGGAAACGUCUCAACCAGGGUUCCUCAUUGAUCCAUCAGAAGGUGGCUCCGCCCAGCGAGGGCGUCGGCUCUCCCAUUCUCUCAUUCGUCCAGCUGGAGCAGUUUAAUGCGGUGCGAUUGGUCCACAGCAUUCACCAAUCGCUGGCCUCGCUCAGUAAGGCCAUCAGAGGCACGUCCCUCCUGACCGCUGACGUACACAAACUGGCCACUGCACUCCUGAACCAAGAGUGUCCGUUGAGUUGGCAGAAUAAAUGGGAAGGCCCUGAAGACCCGAUGCAGUAUUUGCGAGCCGUCGUGUCCCGAGCGCUUGCGAUUCAGGGAUGGGUGGAGAGGGCAGAGAGGGGUGGACUGCUGUCGGAGAUGCUGGAUCUGUCGGAGCUCUUCCACCCGGACACUUUCCUGAACGCACUGAGACAGGAGACCGCCAGGUUGAUGAGCUGCUCUAUGGACAGUCUGAAGUUUGUCACGUCCUGGAGGGGUCAGAUUACUGAAGCUAAACUACAAGUGAAGGUUGGCGGCUUGCAGUUGGAAGGUUGUGCUUUUGAUGGAAAGCGUCUGGCUGAGAGCCAUCAUGACUCUCCCAGUGUGUCUGCUGUCCCUGCAUGUUACAUGGCCUGGAUCCCGCAGAGCGCCGUGGGAAGUUAUUCUCUGGACGAGUGCAUCUCUCUGCCUGUGUACAGCAGCGCCGAGCGUCAGCGUGUGGUGACAAGCGUGCAGCUGCCGUGUGCUGGAGAUCAUGACACAUGGAUCCAGAGCGGAGCGGCGCUCUUCCUCAAACAGCAGUAACACACACACACACACACUGUGGCAUUUACACAAUCCAUUUAUAAUGUGAGCGCUUUAUAUGCUCGCCCUGCUUGUCUUUGGCUGCAUAUCGUGGUGUUUUUGUCAUGAUCACUGCACUAAAGCUGCUGUGAGACGAUAGUUUUAAUCAGUCUUGUUGCAGGUAUUUAUAUUAUUAAAUA